AUUAAUAAGAGGCAUAUUUUUUUUAUUUAAAAAAAAAAAAGAAAUCUUCACAAGAUUUGAGUGUUUAUAUUUACUUUUGGAUUUUCUAUUUGUCUCUCGCUGCCUCCACUAAUUUCACUAGUUAAGAUUCAUCAAUGGCAGAUUUCCAAAGCUACAUGAUAGUUUUCCUUGUCUGGCUGAUCUCCACCAUCCUGGUCCGAGCCAUAUUAACCAGAACUAAAACCAAGAUUCGUCUUCCACCGAGCCCACUGGCUCUUCCAAUCGUUGGUCACCUCCACCUGCUCGGAACUUUGCCACACCAAGAUCUUCACAAACUAUCCAACCACUAUGGACCUCUAAUCCAUCUUUACCUCGGCUCCAAGCCUUGUGUUGUUGCUUCGUCCCCAGAAAUUGUCAAAGAGUUCCUUAAAACCCAUGAAACUUCAUUCUCAAACCGCCCUCAAAGGACUGCUGUAGAAUAUAUCUCCCAUGGCUCCGAGGAUUUCAUCUUUGCACCAUAUGGACCUUACUGGAAGUUCAUGAAGAAACUCUGCAUGUCUGAACUUCUCGGUGGACCAAGACUUGAACAGUUUCUUCCCAUUAGACGCGAAGAGAUAAACAAUUUCCUAGAAUUCAUGCAGAAAAUUGCCGUUAAAAAUGAAGCAGUUGAAGUUGGAGAAGAACUUUUAAAGUUGACUAAUAAUAUUACUUCAAGGAUGAGUAUAAGCAAAAGCUGUUGUGAUAAUGAAAACGAAGCCAACCUGGUGAGGAAGUUGGUUAAAGAGACGGCAGAGAUUACUGGGAAAUUUAACUUGUCGGAUUACAUUGAAUUAUGUAAGAACAUCGAUUUGCAAGGAUUUGGAAGAAAACUCAAAGAAAUCCGUGAUGAUUUUGACACCAUGAUGGAGCGGAUUGUAAAAGAGCAUGAAGAGGCUAGGAAGGAGGGAAAAAGAGGAGGUGGCAAUGGAUCAGUGAAGGAUUUGCUCGACAUUUUGCUUGAUAUAUCAGAAGAUGAGAGCUCAGAGAUUAGAUUAACAAGACAAGACAUUAUGACAUUCAUCCUGGAUAUAUUUGUAGCUGGGACAGACACAUCAGCCAUUGUUAUAGAAUGGGCAUUAGCAGAGCUAAUAAACCAUCCAAAUAUCAUGAACAAAGCAAGACAAGAGAUUGAUUCAGUAAGUGGAAAAGCCAGACUAGUUGAAGAGUCAGAUAUUGCUAAUCUCCCUUACCUCAAAGCUAUAGUGAAAGAAACACUCAGGCUCCACCCAGCAGGGCCAUUGAUAGUGAGAGAGUCAUCAGAGAAAUGCACUGUUUGUGGUUAUGACAUUCCAGAGAAGACCCAGUUGAUUGUCAAUGUGUGGGCUCUGGGAAGAGAUCCAAAUCACUGGGACAACCCGCUUGAGUUCAAGCCAGAAAGGUUUCUCAGUGAAGAAGGGAGCGGCAAUAGGCAGUUGGAUUUGAGAGGUCAGCAUUUUCAGCUUCUGCCAUUUGGGAGUGGUAGAAGAGGAUGCCCUGCAACCUCACUUGCACUGCAAAUUGUUCAGACAACCCUUGCGGCAAUGAUUCAGUGCUUUGAAUGGAAGGUGAGCGGAGCAAUUGACAUGAAAGAGGGACCUGGAAUAUCCCUCCCCAGACUUCAUCCAUUGAUUUGUGUCCCAGUAGCCAGGUUGAAUCUACUUUCAUCAAAGUGA